CUGAACAGCCUGCAGCACCGGCAGCUCUCAGAUGGCACCUGCCUGGUGGAGUUCCAGUUCAUGCUGCCCUCCUCCCACCCAAACAGGAUGUCUGUCCCCAUCAGCAUUUCCAACCCAGACCUGGCCCGGCACAGCACCGAGCUCUUUAUGGACAGUGGCUUUUCUCCCCUGAGCCAGCGGCUGGGAGCCAUGGUGGCCUUCGACAGAUUCGAGGACUUCACAAGGAACUUUGAUGAAGUGAUCUCAUGCUUCACUGACCCGCCUUCGGAGAGCAUGCUCUUCAGCGAGGCACGAGCCACCAUCUACGAGGAGGAGGAUGCCAAGAACCUCCAUGAGGAGCCAAUCCACAUCCUCAACAUUGCACUCCGCUGGGCCGAACGGGUGGAGGAUGAGAAGCUGGUGCCCAUCUUCAGAGCCUUUGCCCAGUCCAAGAAAAACAUCCUUGUUGACUGUGGUCUCCGAAGAAUCACGUUUCUCAUUGCCCAGCAGAGAGAAUUCCCAAAGUUUUUCACCUUCAGAGCGAGGGAUGAGUUUGCAGAAGAUCGCAUCUACCGGCACCUGGAGCCAGCACUGGCCUUCCAGCUGGAGCUGAGCCGCAUGCGCAACUUCGACCUGACGGCCAUUCCCUGCGCCAGCCUGCACCUGUCCCUGGGGGCGGCCAGGGUGCAGGCGGGCACGGAGGCCACCGACUACCGCUUCUUCAUCCGCGCCAUCGUGCGCCACUCGGACCUCAUCACCAAGGAGGCUUCCUUCGAGUACCUGCAGAACGAGGGUGAGCGACUGCUCCUGGAGGCGCUGGAUGAGCUGGAGGUGGCCUUCAGCAACACCACUGUCCGCACCGACUGCAACCACAUCUUCCUCAACUUCGUCCCCACCGUUGUCAUGGAUCCCUCCAAGAUCGAGGAGUCGGUGCGGUCCAUGGUGAUGCGCUACGGCAGGCGCCUCUGGAAGCUGCGGGUCCUGCAGGCCGAGGUGAAGAUCAACAUCCGCCUGACUCCCACUGCCACCGCCAUCCCCAUCCGCCUCUUCCUCACCAACGAGUCCGGCUACUACCUGGACAUCAGCCUCUACAAGGAAGUGAGGGACCCCGGCACCGGCAGCAUCAUGUUUCAGUCGUAUGGGGACAAGCAAGGGCCACAGCACGGGAUGCUCAUCAACACUCCCUACGUCACCAAGGACCUACUUCAGGCCAAGCGGUUCCAGGCACAGUCCUUGGGCACCACCUACGUGUAUGAUUUCCCCGAGAUGAUCAGGCAGUCCUCGGAGCUGUACCCCAAGGACAUCCUGACCUACACUGAGCUGGUGCUGGACUCUCAGGGGCACCUGGUGCAGAUGAACAGGGUCCCUGGAGGGAACGAGGUGGGGAUGGUGGCUUUCAAAAUGAAGCUGAAGACCCCUGAGUAUCCAGAAGGCCGGGACAUUGUGCUCAUCUGCAAUGACAUCACGCACAAGAUCGGCUCCUUCGGGCCAGAGGAGGACCUGGUCUUCCUGCGGGCCUCGGAGCUGGCACGGGCUGAGGGCAUCCCCCGCAUCUACAUCGCCGCCAACAGCGGCGCCCGCAUCGGCUUUGCUGACGAGAUAAAGCACAUGUUCCAGGUGGCCUGGGUGGACCCUGAGGACCCCUACAAGGGGUUCAAGUACCUGUACCUGACUCCUCAGGACUACACGCGGAUCAGCACCAUGAACUCGGUGCACUGUGAGCAUGUGGAGGAAGGGGGAGAGUCCAGGUACGUCCUCCUGGACAUCAUUGGGAAGGACAAUGGAUUUGGAGUGGAAAACCUGAGAGCUGCUGGUACCAUCGCCGGGGAGUCCUCUCGUGCUUACGAUGAAAUAGUGACCAUCAGCAUGGUGACCUGUCGUGCCAUCGGGAUCGGCGCGUACCUGGUGAGGCUGGGCCAGCGUGUCAUCCAGGUAGAGAACUCCCACAUCAUCCUCACCGGCGUCACGGCUCUCAACAAGGUGCUGGGACGAGAAGUUUACACAUCCAAUAACCAGCUGGGAGGAGUGCAGAUCAUGCACAACAACGGCGUUUCCCAUGUCACCGUCCCAGAUGACUUUGAGGGGGUCUACACCAUCCUGCAGUGGCUCUCCUACAUACCCAAGGAUAACCAGAGCCCAGUGCCCAUCACUGCCAUAAGCGACCCCGUUGACAGAGAAAUCGAUUUUGUCCCUUCCAAAGUCCCCUAUGACCCCAGGUGGAUGCUGGCAGGGAGACCCCAUCCAACUCUCAAGGGGACCUGGCAGAGUGGCUUCUUCGACCAGGGCAGCUUCUUGGAGAUCAUGAGGCCAUGGGCUCAGACGGUCGUGGUUGGCAGAGCAAGGCUGGGAGGUCUCCCGGUGGGUGUCAUCGCUGUUGAGACCCGUGCCGUGGAGGUGACGAUACCUGCAGACCCUGCCAACCCAGACUCAGAGGCAAAGGUAAUCCAGCAGGCCGGGCAGGUCUGGUUCCCAGACUCUGCUUUUAAAACAGCCCAGGCUAUCCGGGACUUCAACCGCGAGCAUCUCCCGCUGAUUGUCUUCGCCAACUGGCGAGGCUUCUCCAGCGGCAUGAAAGACAUGUACGACCAAAUGCUGAAGUUCGGCGCCUUCAUUGUCGAUAGCCUCCGGGAUUUUAAGCAGCCUGUCUUGGUCUACAUCCCACCACACGCGGAGCUGCGAGGAGGCUCCUGGGUAGUCAUCGACUCCACCAUCAACCCUCUGUACGUGGAGCUCUACGCAGACAAGGAGAGCAGGGGAGGCAUUUUAGAGCCUGGAGGAACAGUGGAGAUCAAGUUCAGAAAGAAGGAUUUGGUGAAGACCAUGAGAAGGAUCGAUGCAGUCUAUGCCAAGCUCGUCGAGCAGCUGGGCACCCCCGAGCUGUCCGAGACACAGCGCAAGGACCUGGAGAAGCAGCUCAAGGCCCGGGAGGAGCUUCUCCUGCCCAUAUACUACCAGGUGGCCGUGCACUUCGCUGACCUGCACGACACCCCGGGCCGCAUGCAGGAGAAAGGUGUCAUCACGGACAUCCUGGAGUGGAAGAACGCCCGGUCCUUCCUCUACUGGCGGCUGCGCCGGCUGCUGCUGGAGGAGGAGGUGAAGGUGGAGGUCCUGAAGGCAAACAGCGAGCUGAGCCACAUCCACAUCCAGUCCAUGCUGCGCCGCUGGUUCAUGGAGACGGAAGGAGCUGCAAAGGGCUACCUCUGGGACAACAACCAGGUGGUGGUGGAGUGGCUGGAGAAGCACAUGAAAGAGGAUGACAGCACCCAGUCGGCCAUCCGGGAGAACAUCAAGUACUUGAAGCGGGACUACGUGCUCAAGCACAUCCGGAGCUUGAUCCAAGCCAACCCCGAGGUGACCAUGGACUGCAUCAUCCAGAUGACCCAGCACAUCACCCGUGCGCAGAAGGCCCAGGUCGCCCGUCUCCUCUCGACGGUGGAUAAUGACAGCCCAUCUUGA